AUGCCCAUCACCAAAUACAAGGCCGCCGCUGUCACCUCCGAACCUGGUUGGUUCGACCUUGAAGGCGGUGUCCAGAAAACCAUCAACUUCAUCAAUGAGGCUGGCCAAGCCGGCUGCAAGCUGGUUGCCUUCCCCGAAGUCUGGAUUCCCGGUUACCCCUAUUGGAUGUGGAAGGUCACCUACUUGCAAUCUCUCCCGAUGCUCAAGAAGUACCGCGAGAACUCUCUCCGAGUCGACUCGGAAGAGAUGCGUCGCAUCCGCCGUGCCGCCCGCGACAACCAGAUCUUCGUCUCCAUGGGCUUCUCCGAGAUCGACCACGCCACGCUCUACCUGGCCCAGGUUCUCAUCGACCCUACCGGCACCGUUAUCAAUCACCGCCGCAAGAUCAAGCCCACCCACGUCGAGAAGCUCGUCUACGGAGAUGGCUCAGGCGAUACCUUCCUGUCCGUUUCCGAGACCGAUAUUGGUCGCGUCGGCCAACUAAACUGCUGGGAAAACAUGAACCCCUUCCUCAAGUCCCUCAAUGUCUCCCAGGGCGAGCAGGUCCACGUCGCUGCCUGGCCCGUCUACCCCGGCAAGGAGCGCCAGGUCGCCCCUGAUCCCGCUACCAACUACGCCGACCCGGCAUCAGACCUCGUCACCCCUGCCUAUGCCAUAGAGACCGGCACCUGGGUUCUCGCUCCCUUCCAGCGCCUUUCGGUGGAGGGUCUCAAGAAGAACACCCCCGAGGGAGUUGAGCCCGAGACCGAUCCCUCCGUCUACAACGGUCAUGCUCGCAUCUACAAGCCUGACGGCAGCUUGGUAGCCAAGCCCGACAAGGACUUUGACGGUCUAAUGUUUGUUGACAUUGACCUCAACGAAACGCACCUCACCAAGGUCCUCGCUGACUUUGCCGGCCACUACAUGCGCCCCGACCUCAUCCGUCUGCUAGUCGACACCCGCCGCAAGGAGCUCGUCACCGAAGCCGAUCCCGAGGGCGGCAUUGCCUCAUACAGCACCUACCACCGCCUCGGACUUGACCGUCCCUUGGAUUCCAAGCCUGAGCUGCACGAGCACGAGGCCAUCAGCAAGCGUGUUGCCAAGGAGCCUGCGGUUAAGCCUGCAAAGAACCUUUGA